CUCGAACAGGCAGAUAUUUGGUGCCAGCCGCAGGGGCAGGCACGCGGUCCCUGGAUCAGGGGUGCGCCGCUACCCCUGCCGGUUUGGGGCCACUACGAGUCGCCAACCCUGACCGUCGACACGGUUGAACAGUAUGAGGAACUAGCAAGCAGCGUUGAACUUGAAACUCAGCGAUUGCUCCGAGAGCGCCGAUACGACACGGUCGACAAUGUCUUGAGAUUUUAUCGAGAUUUCAAGAAGAGCGGAGAAAGCAGCCUCGAGCACUUUUAUCGAAAAUAUCAGCCCCUCAUUGUCAAUGAGCGUCACACCUGCGUUGGCCUCGGUUUCGAGUUGCUGCGGCGUCUCUGCAGCUUGAACAAGAAAUUCCCCGGUAUAGCGAGUGGCCUUUACCUGGUGUCCUGCGAGGAGACGAUUGGCGAUAUCGCCGGUUACGUGGGCGGUCCCCCGGCCGCCGACAGCGGCGAGAAGGAGCACGUUCUCGUGUGCCUCAAGAUCGAGAUAAACAAGCGCCGGGGUAUAAUGCUCCUCGAUCCCGGUUAUCACGUCGCUCGGGUCAUCACCGUAAUGGGUGACAAGCUCUAUCCGCACACGGGCUGGUUCACUCAGAGUGACGACGCCGAGGCUAGGAAGGAGUACAAUUACACGUUGUGCCAGAGCGAUCCCGACUACGUCGAGUGGCACGAGAGGAAAACUCGCCCCAGUGCCUUAGAGCAGACUCAGGUCGCUCUCAUUUAUGUGGCAAGGCCAUAUCUGACUGCGAUCGACGUUACCGAGCGUCGAAAUUUGGUUUAUAACUACAGGAGCCUACUGGCCAGAGACUUCAAGGGACACCUCGUCGCGGGCAUUUACUUUCAAGUCACAGCCGACUCGCCGGCCUUCACCAUCUUCCAUCAGACCAAUCGGGGAAAAAAGCGUAUCAAGAUAUCGUUUAGCAAAUUCUACGAUCUUAAUAAGAUUGACCUUGACAGUGAAGAAAGCGAGAUCGUUGUCGAGUGCGCUCGGCAGAUGGGCUUAUCACAAGAGAAUCUAAGGGAACUACUCUCCGCCCUCGCGACAGUUCUGUUUGACACGUCAUUCACAAAACAAAUACUUGCCAUCAACGCUAAAAUCAACAGUUUGGCAAAAGAUAAUUAACACACGUUUACGCACCCAAUUGGGUGUAAAGGGAACGUAAUGCCUUAUCUUUUCUUUGCUAGCUUUCCUCUUACGUUUAUUUUCUAUUAUUUACUGCGGUUUCUGGUACUCUUUUCUUUAAUUCAACUUUUAUCGCUAGUGCAGGGGAACAUGUACUAAAUCGCUAAGAUUACUUUAGGCAAAGAAUAUUUGCCCUUAAUACGCACACUUCGUUUCACCAUUUGAAACAAUUCAAAUCUUUAUUUAGUAAAUUUAGAUAUUAAAAAGGACGAUAGUUUGUUUAUUUGUAAAUUGACGAUGAUGCACUUGUUUCAAUGAAUCUACACUCUCGAAUACAUUUAGUUUCUAGUUAAUUUUGGUAUUGGGAUUAUUUCAUGUUCCGUACGUAUGCUUUUAUAAGUUUGACUAUACUUACAUUGUGAAUUUAUUUUAUUUAAAUAAAUUGAAGAGAAAAAAAAAAAAAAAAAAAAAAC